AUGACGAGAAAGAAGGUUAAGCUAAUGUGGAUAGUUAAUGAUUCUGCGAGAAAAGCGAGCCUCAAGAAGAGGAGAAUUGGCUUGCUGAAAAAAGUGAGUGAACUCACCACCUUGUGCGGCGUUAGCGCUUUUGUUAUCAUCUAUAGCCCUGAAGAGAAGGAGCCAAUGCUGUGGCCGUCUCGUCAGGUGGUGCAACAGAUGCUGAUGAGGUACCAAAGCAUACCGGAGAUAGAACGGAGCAAGAAGAUGAUGAAUCAGGAGAGUUACCUGAAAGAGAGGAUUGCCAAACUGCAGGAGCAACUCAGGAAGCAUCAGAAGAAGAACAGGGAGAUUGAGUUGACCUAUUUCAUGGAUCGACUUCACCAUGGAAAUGGGAUGGAUGAUUUGGAGGUGAAUGAAGUUCAGGAGUUUAUUUGGUUGUUGGAGGAGAAAAUGAAAGAUGUAAGAAAAAGGGUUGAGUAUUUUCAACAAGCUCCUGCUCUUCCAGCAGGCUUUUUUCCUCUUGCUUCUCAUGGUGGUCCUACUAUAGAAGCGAUGGGCCACCAAGAAGGAGGCAGUUCUGGCGCCGGCGAUAUCAUGAGGAAUAGUCCCAUAGAUGGUAUGCUGUGGGAUCAAUGGUUCAUUGAUAUGAUGAACAAUAACGAAAACAUCGCUGGUGGUGGAACCAGGGAUGACACGUGCCAUCCACUGGGAUUUAACAUCAAUGAAACUCCUGGUGCCGGAGGGGUUGAUCUGAGGUUUGUCCACGUCCACCCUGGGAAUUUUGGAGGUACCGGCGACGGUAAUAUGAUAGAGCAGGGGCUUCCUCAGGGUAAUAUGAAUAUGGCUGUAAAUCCUUAUGAUCUGGGAUUCUUUCCUCAUGGCAAUCCUAUAGGUGGAAACCCUUUUGGGAUGGAGUUGAAGCUUCAUGACAAUGUUACAGGCGGUGUGGAGCUGCCUGCCCCUCCGAGCAGUACCACCGGAGGAAGAAGCGACGUAGGGCUGCCAGGAUUCUUCACCAGUGGGAGUGACAUAGGCCUCCCUUAUGAUGUCACUAAACCUUGGCCUCAUAAUUUGUCACCUUGA